GCCGUGGCUGAGGAGAAGGGACCUCCCCGACAUGACAUCCAACUGUUCGACUUCCAUCAAGAGCUGCCCACGGCCCUCUUCUGUCUGUUCCAGCAGCAUGAGCUGCCGGCCUGAGCUGUGCCUGGGUUAUGUCUGCCAGCCCAUGACAUGCAUGCCUUCUGUCUGCCUGCCUAGCACCUACCGGCCCGCCAGCUGCCUCUCCAAGACCUACCUGUCCAGCUCCUGCUGGCCCAGCAGCUGCCGGCCAACCAGUGGCAUCUCUAGCUCCGUGGGCACCUGCAGCUGGUACUGUGAAGGCUCCUUCAAUGGCAGCGAGAAGGAGACCAUGCAGGUCCUGAACGACCGCCUGGCCAGCUACCUGGAGAAGGUGCGCCAGCUGGAACGCGAGAACACGCAGCUGGAGAGCAAGAUCCAAGAGGCCUGCCAGUCUCAAGCGGCCACCAUGUGUCCUGACUACCAGUCUUAUUUCAGGACCAUUGAGGAGCUCCAGCAGAAGGUUCUGUGCACCAAGGCAGAGAAUGCCAGGAUAGUCGUGCACAUCGAUAACGCCAAGCUGGCUGCAGACGACUUCAGGACCAAGUACGAGACAGAGCUGGCCAUGCGGCAGCUGGUGGAGGCCGACACCAGCGGCCUGCGCCGGAUCCUGGACGAGCUGACCCUGUGCAAGGCCGACCUGGAGGCGCAGGUGGAGUCCCUGAAGGAGGAGCUGCUGUGCCUCAAGAAGAACCACGAGCAGGAAGUCAGUGCCCUCCGAUGCCAGCUGGGGGACCAUCUUAACAUUGAAGUAGACGCCGCACCCCCCGUGGACCUGAACAGGCUGCUGGAGGAGAUGAGGUGUCAGUACGAGACUGUGGUGGAAAGCAACCUCAGGGACGUGGAGGAAUGGUUCAACACGCAGAUGCAGGAGCUUAAUCAGCAGGUGGCCACGAGCUCCGAGCAGCUUCAGAGCUACCAGUCGGACAUUAUUGAUCUGAGACGCACGGUCAACACGCUGGAGAUCGAGCUGCAGGCCCAGCACAGCCUGAGGGACUCCCUGGAAUCCACCCUGGCGGAGACUGAGGGGCGCUAUGGCUCCCAGCUGGCCCAGGUGCAGCACCUGAUCGUCAACGUGGAGUUGCAGCUGGCCGAGAUCAGGAGCGACCUGGAGCGGCAGAACCAGGAGUACAAGGUGCUGCUGGACGUCAAGGCCCGGCUGGAGUCAGAGAUCGCCACGUACCGGGGCCUGCUGGAGAGCGAGGACUGCAAGUUGCCCGGCAACCCAUGCUCCACUCCCUCCCGUCCCACUUGUGCACCUUCCCCCAGCAUGGCCCGCACCAUCUGUGUGCCCCGCACCGUCUGCGUGCCUUGCGUGCCCUGCCCUCCGGGCCGCUACUGAAGUCGCUCAGCGUCGCUGGAUCCUGGAGAGACCCGAGCUGGGAGGCUGGAGCCUCCUCAGGCGGAGUCUGACCGCGGUUCAGCGGCCAGCGAGGAAGCCCUCCAGCGGCGGCGCCGGGAGGUGGGCUGUGUGCAACCACUCUGAUCUGCAGGGGGCGCCCUAACCCCCACUUCUUAGAAGCUGCCUCUCACUUCUGUCUGCAAUUGCUCUCUUGCUGGUGUUUCGGGUUGUCUAUUCUGCCUCAAGAGCGUGUUCUUUUAACUGGUAAAUAAAGCCUCAUCCA